CUUUUUUUUUUUUUUAUUUAUUUUAUUCAAACUCUUUGGAAGAAUGGAAGGCCACGAUAUGUCCAUGAUGCACGACCACGCUAUGCAUAACCACGCUAUGCCAGGUCAUGAUAUGCCAGGACAUGAUAUGCCAAUGGGUCCACAAUGUAGCAUGAAUAUGCUGUUUAAUUGGCAAGUGGAGGAUACCUGUGUUGUGUUUCGUUGGUGGCAUAUUUCCGGUCCUUGGACCAUGUUCUGGUCGUGUCUCAUCAUUUUCCUGAUUGGCGCUGCUUAUGAAUGGAUGCGUGCUUAUUCUGUUUCUCUCGAUAACAAAUGGAAAGAAGAAGCAGCCUAUCUUGCACAAAAGAACUGCUGUCAAAAUAACGGAGAAGAAGAUGAUGAGGUGACCGCUGGAAGAGAACAACGGUCUUUGGUUCACGCCUAUGAGGAGCACAAGAGACUCUCCAACAAAAAGGAAAUCAUUCGAUCCACUAUCUAUGCUUCCUUGGUCGGUGUCAGUUUCUGGCUCAUGUUGGUGUUUAUGACUUAUAAUGGCUAUUUAAUGCUCGCUACUGUCCUUGGAGCUGGCUUUGGUCAUUUUGUCUUUGGUAAUGGCAAAUUAUCAGCCAGCCGUUCCAUUCAAUGUCAUUAGAAGAAUACAUGUUUUUUAUGGCUAUCAUAGCCAACGAACACCCCCGCCCCUUUUUUUUUACCAUUGCUUGAAUAAAGAAAAAAAAAAAAAGUAUAGCUAUUGCUUUUAUUUAUCAAUACUCUAUC